UAUUAUUAAAAAGAAAAUCAGAAAAAAAAUGAAAUUGGAAAUUAAAUAAAUCAAAUUACAUCAAAACACCAAACCAAACACCCACUCAAUAGUAAGCUCGCUCAUCUCUCUCUCUCUCUCUCUCUCUCUCUCUCUCUCUUACAAUGUCGACGAACCACCAUGUCCUCCGCCUCGUCCUCUCCUGCCGCAAAAUCAUAGCGCAGGUGACGAGCCCCAACAGCUGCUCAAUCAUAGCCAUGGCCCCCUCCUUCGAGCAAGAGUUCGUUGCCCAGUACCGGGCCAAGUUAAACUGCUUCCCUCGCUCCCAAAUCUUCUGGGACGCCAAGGUCGCCUCUCUUGUCGAUGAGAAGCUCGGCCUUUGUCUCUGGGAGAUCGGCGUCAUCGGCGUAGAGAUCGACGUCAGCGAAGAGCUCUCGAGGCCCGUCCACCACCGCAUCAGGGUCUUGCCGCUCUUUGAUUCCAUUAAAUGAGCCGGCGUCGUCGUCAAUGGCGCCGGCGUCGUCGUCAAUGGCGCCGACGAGCUUGGGAUCGGUCCGCCUAGCUAG